UAGAGCGUAAACUGGGAGGUGGUGUCCAUCUUAUUUACACCGGUGAGCUUGCUAAAUUUUUGAUCUGUCGAGUUUUUCUUGAGUACAAAAGUUGAACGCCGGGUCUUUAAAGAUGAGUAGUUCAGAGGAAGUGUCAUGGAUUUCCUGGUUCUGUGGGCUGAGGGGUAAUGAAUUUUUCUGUGAGGUGGACGAGGACUACAUUCAGGACAAGUUCAACCUGACAGGACUCAAUGAGCAAGUUCCGCACUACCGCCAGGCCCUAGACAUGAUCCUGGACCUUGAACCAGAUGAGGAGCUGGAGGACAAUCCCAACCAGAGUGACCUGAUCGAGCAGGCGGCUGAGAUGCUGUAUGGCCUCAUUCACGCACGCUACAUCCUGACUAACAGAGGCAUCGCACAGAUGUUGGAGAAGUAUCAACAAGGAGAUUUUGGCUACUGCCCCCGGGUGUAUUGUGAGAAUCAGCCUAUGCUUCCUAUCGGUCUGUCAGACAUCCCAGGGGAGGCCAUGGUGAAACUGUACUGUCCCAAAUGUAUGGAUGUCUACACACCCAAAUCCUCCAGGCACCACCACACAGAUGGAGCCUAUUUUGGCACUGGCUUCCCCCACAUGCUCUUCAUGGUUCACCCCGAGUACAGGCCCAAGAGGCCCGCCAACCAGUUUGUCCCAAGGCUGUACGGGUUCAAGAUCCACCCCAUGGCCUACCAGCUGCAGCUGCAAGCAGCCUCCAGCUUCAAGAGCCCCGUCAAGGCCAUCCGCUAGAGCGUCCAGGACGGAGGAGGAGGAGGAAGAAGAUCCGUAGAGAGAGAAGACAGGAAGAAUUAUCAUCAGAAGGGGAGGGGGUCACCUGCAUUUUAGCUUUUUUGUCAUUUUAAGCUUUUCAGAUGCCCCCUCCCCACCCUGAAGACUGUAUUAUUUUGGUUUAGAUUAGGGCGAAUGGAAAAAGUGUAAAGAUUUUUGAGCGUGAUCGAGACAAAAAAAACGCACAGCCAUGAUCUUAAUCACAAACACACACACACACACACACACACACACACACACACACACACACACACAUACAUUAAGAAAGAAAAGAUAACUGCAUCCAUACACUUGGGAUUCCAUGCACGUACCUUACCAAACUCAUCAGUGCCAAAAACAGGAGGGGAAGUAAGAGGCUCCACGCUGCCACACGCACGUGGAAACGGUGUAACCGGUGGGCGACGCUACAGGGAACUAAAAGCCUUUUAACUCCAGGGAUGUUGGAUGGAAAGCUGAACAAAGUGCAGUAGCUGGGUCAGUUUUCACCUGCGGCUCUGUGUUUGUUCUGUAUUUGGCACAGUUUGGUAACGGGUGGUGGUAAACCCCUCCGUCAUUGGAAGCCCCCUCUCCCCAUUAGCCCCUCCCCGGUGCAUGUACACUCAGGCUGGCAUUCGCAGAGACAGUUUGGACGGUGGCGACGGGUGUUUUUCUGUGUCACUCGUUUGGUUUCUUACACUUGCUCACUGGUUUGUCUGGUUUUUUUUUUUUUUUUUUUUUUUUUUUUUUUUUUUGGUGGUGUUGCACAAACGUGUUCUGUUGAAUUUGCCUUAAGAUUCAGAGAAAACACCCAGAUUGUUUUUUUUUUUCAAGAGGCACAAGCGAAAUUAGUUAGUCUUUCUGCUGUUCGAGGAGGGGAAGUAGAAAUAGAUAAACGUGACUUUCCGAAUCGUUCGGACAAUUGUAAUCAGCCUGUGUCAUUUCUCCAGCUGUCUGUGCGCGUGUCAAACAACCGUCUGUAUUGGUGAAAAUAUAACCUGUGCUACAUUUUUGCAAGACGUGUGCCCCCCCCCGCCCCGCUGUAGCGGGCUUAGCUGCGUUUGUAUUGUCACCACCCCUUCCUCAUAGCUUCACCUCCCUUCAAAAAAUGGUUGACAUUUUUGGAAAUUCUUUCUUUAUGCUGGAGGGUAGAUGAGAAGAUCAGUACCACCCUUUGGCAAAAAAAAAGUGGUAUCAGUCUUCUCUUCUUACUCCACCUGAAGGCGAGUAUUUCCCAAAAUGCCAAACUAUUCCUGUAAAGAUCAAGGAGAGUCAGAGAAAGAGGAAUUUAGACAAUCUGAAUCCUUCAGCUCACUCCACCACUGCACUGAUUCUACUGGUGUCUCUCCACAGCACAGUCUCAUUAUUUAUGUUCAGGUUUAGAGACAGUCAGACCACCAGCUGCUUUUUUUUUUCUUCCCUCCUUGAAGCUGGGGCAGAUACUCGGUUGCCCCCACCCUCCCACUCUCCACUUUAUGUCUGUGUGACUGGAACAGAACGUUUUUGGAUUUCACAACACGAGAGAAGAGGUAUUUAUGUGUCCAGAUUUUAACUAAUGUCUGUCUGUGUUGUUGUUGUCUUUCUGCGACUGUGGAAGGGUGAGCAGGAUUCAGAAUUCUCAAUAAACUUCUAUUUUCUUUUCA